AUGCCUAAUGACGUAUUCAUCAAUACUAUACGUGGACUUAAUAUACAGCAACAAAAUUUGUUCCAAAAGGUUUCUGUUGCGGUUGAAGCUGAUUUAAAUGGCGCCGAAGAUCAAUUACUGCUUUUUAUAACGGGAGGUGCUGGCAGUGGCAAGUCAUACUUGUUAAAAUUACUUGUAGAGCACAUCGUACGUUGUUACGCCCCGACUGUUGACCCUCUGCUUAAACCGAAAUUUGUGGAAGUAGCAUCAUUAACAGGGGUCGCUGCCCGACAAAUAUUUGGUAAAACUCUGCAUUCUGUAUUUAUGCUUCCUAUUGAGAAGGGCAAUACCAUGACCUAUAAACGUUUAAGUGGAAAUAAGUUAGAACAAGAAAGACGUAGAUGGCGCUAUAUCAAUUGGCUCAUAAUUGAUGAAAUUUCAAUGGUGUCGUAUGAAAACUUGCGGAUCAUACAUUUACGUUUGCAAGAAUACAAAAACAAUGAUAGGUUAUUUGGUGGAGUCAACCUACUACUGUUUGGUGAUAUAUUGCAACUGCCCCCCGUCAAAGGAAACUGGUGCUUUUUACAGCCAUCCUGGUUUGCAGCUGAAAUUAAUUUAUGGCAUCAAUUUUCGUUUUGUGAACUGACAAUAAACAUGCGCCAGCAAAAUGAUGCCGAAUUCAUCGACUUGCUAAAUAACUUGCGGGUAGGAGAAUUAACUACGAGUCAACUUGAAUUGCUAUGUGAACGACGCAGAAUACCUUUGACGGGGGAGUUUGCUGACGGAGUUGCUGUGCGAAUCUUCCCAACCGUUAAACAAGUGGACGACUAUAACGAUUUAAUGACUGCAGAAAAUUCGAAGCUGCAUAAAGUCUACACCAUAACUGCUGUAGACGAGUCUCGUGAAGUCGCCACUUAUGGAAAGACGCCACCACCCAACGUGAUACCGAGGGAUGUUAAUAACUGUGGCG